AUGACUCCACAGUCUUUCAUAAAUCAGUUGACAUACAAGCAUGUCUACCCCUGGGAGGCCGACCCCGCCAAGCUCGUCGUCCGGUACCUCAUCGCUAGCGGACCCUUUGGAGACAUGUACCACGGUGUCUAUGACGGCCUCGAGGUCAUCGUGAAGUUGCUUGAUUGCAGGGAGGAUGGUUCAAGGAGUCAAAAGGAAACAACAGUAGCAAGAGCAGCUUUUUCGCAAGGAGUCUCCGUCUGGCACAAGCUUGACCACCCAAAUGUAACUAAGCUUGUAGGGGCUAUAAUGGAUGCUAGAGAUCUGAAUAGUGAGGCAGUAGGUGCAGAUUUUGUCAUGACAAAUGAUGCACGCUGUGUUGUUGUGGAGUAUGUUGCUGGAGGCACACUAAAAACAUUUCUGGUACAUAACAGGAGAAGGAAGUUAGCUUUCAAAGUUGUGGUCCAGAUAGCUCUCGACCUUGCCAGAGGAUUAAGCUAUCUUCACUCAAUGAAAAUUGUGCACCGUGAUGUGAAGCCUGAAAACAUGCUUCUUGACAAAUCAGGAACUGUAAAAAUUGAGGAUUUUGGUGUUGCUCGCAUUGAGCCUAGAAACCCCAACGAUAUGACAGGCCAAACAGGCACCCUUGGUUACAUGGCACCUGAGGUUCUCAACGGCCAUCCUUACAACAGGAAAUGUGACGUUUACAGCUACGGGAUUUGCCUAUCGGAGAUAUACUGCUGCGAAGUCUCGAAGAUAUCCGCGAAGUCCUUACAAUCGGCAUCGGAGUAG